CUCCCCACGCUCAAACAAAGCCGCCGAAGUAACCAGCCCUCGGGGCAGGAUGGCGGCGCCUCCUCGGCGGUGCCAAAGUCCGCGGCGCCGGCGCGCUGCGGUGUGAGGGGCGGCGGCGGCGCCAUGGCUGCUGAGGGAGGAGAGGAGCGGGGAGGAGGCUUGGAAGCGGCUGUGAGGGGUGGGCUGCGUGUCCUCCGGGAGCGCUGGAUGCGGGGGGGCCGCGAACGCGGCGGGACCGCCGCGUUCGCGGCCCCCCCGCAUCCAGCGCUCCCGGGAGAUGCGGAGGAGGCGAGCGCCCUGCAGAGGCUGCCGAUCGACGUGCAGCUGAACAUCAUGUCCUUCCUCUCGCCCCAAGAUCUGUGCCGCCUGGGAAGCACGAGUAGUUACUGGAGGGCGGCGGUGCGGGACCCGUUGUUGUGGAGGUAUUUUCUCCUGCGGGAUCUCCCCCUCUGGACGUCUGUUGAUUGGAAGUCGCUCCCAGAUGUGGAGGUUUUUAAUAAAGCCUUUUCAGAGGCCAGCGAUAAGGCACUGUAUGAUUACAUGGCAGUAUACAAAAAGAGCUGUCCUCAGGGUAGAAGAAGUUUGAGAUCAAGCCGACCCCGGUAUGGGGCUGUGACUUCCUUUCUGCAAUCACUGGUCACUCAGGCAGAACCUCGCUUUGCCAUGUUUGGGCCGGGUUUGGAAGAGCUGGACGACUCGUUAGUGCAAAAGAUGAUGACGUGCCCAGAAAUUCUGGUAGUAGCUGGCCUACCUCAUAGACAGAUUCAUGGAAUUGGAUCAGGAGUCAGUUUUCAGUUUAAUAACAGUCAAAAAUUCAAUAUUCUGACAUUGUACUCCACCACCAGUGUGGAAAGGAGGAGAGCAAGGACAGAGCAAGCUGUUGCUGUGAAUAAGAUGUUUUACCAAGAGAACAGCACAGAAGGGAAUCAGCAAGCCGUGCACUACAGUGUAAUAGAUCAAGUGAAGAAGGUGUGCGAAGUAGUUGAUGGAUUCAUUUAUGUUGCUAAUGCAGAAGCUCAUAAAAAGCAUGAUCGUCAGGAGGAAUGGGCUCGUAUUUUGGCCAUGAUUGAUCCAGCCCUCGGGCCUCCAAACAGACCUCUGCUGGUUUUGUCCUGUGUCUCUCACAUUGGUGUGGAAAGAAUUCCAUGUGUUUAUGUGGCACAUCAGUUGCAACUAAAUCUGCUACGUCAGCCCUGGAUGGUGCAGGACAAUGUAGCUGCAACUUUAGAUGGUUUGCUAAAUGGAAUUGAGUGGCUCUUGGAAGAAGCAAAUUGUAAAAAUGCACAGUAAUGGAACUGUGUAUUGUUGUACUGUAUAAACCCUUUGGCAUUUUGCAUUUCAUUUAGCGUGAGUCUUGUCCUUCCUGCAGGGACGCUGUCAGAAGGAAAAUUUAAAAGACGACCCUGCAUUUAUAUCACCGCACAUACUUAACAUUCUUCCAACUACAGUCCUGAAUUAGAAGUACAAGUAGGAUUGCUUGGAUUCCAGCAGCUAUGAAGUAAUUGGGCGGGUCGGUUUGGGUGUUUUGGUUGUUUUCCUUCUUUCAGCCGGGGGCCUUCAGUACAAUCUUGUCAGUAUAUCUGAUUGUCUGUUCUCUUCAGUAAAUACAUGUAACACUACAUUAGUUUAUCAGCACAGCUCUGUGGCAGGCACCACACGUUCAGUCAACAUUUUCAGUGGAGAUCUCGACAGGGACAGUUCCCAACCAAAGAAAAUAUACUGUACUUAGUACAGUAGUAGGCUGACAGAAAGAAUUCCCCUGCAUUUUUUCCAGAAACAAUGUCUAGACAAAAAAUAGCAGAAGGAAUGUCAGUCAGACCAAAAUUCUUAGAAGCAAACAAGCAAACUGCCAUGUAUGAAUUGUUGUUUCUUAUUUGUGAUCCUGUUUAUUAACCAACCACGGUAGACUUCAGCAUCUUUCUUUUUCUGUUGAAAUUAUUUAAGCUUGAACUGCACAUACCUCUGAUGUAACGAACAGAUGUUAAAUAGAAUCAUUAGUACUUCAGAACUUUAUCAAAUACAUAAACUAUCAGUUACUGAAAUAGUUGUGGCCAUUUCCAGGUAUGAAUUGUACCUGUCUUUGAAAUUUUCUACACAGUUGGAAAUAUUUUUAUAAGAAGGGAAGUAACAUUUUAAAGCUGGAAUUGCAUUUUCCAUAGAGAUGUUUGAGAUAGUCAUAGUCUUCCACCUUUUUUGUGUUUUUAUUAUUGGAUGAAUGUUCAGAAACUUCCCUUGGAUUUUUUUGCCUGUGCACUUAUUUACUUUCUGUGCUUCUUGCUUGUUUUCCUCUCUCCAUGGAAAUUCAACAGUCUCACAACUUCUCUUUGGAACCUAGAUAAAUAAUUGCAUGGUGCACAAACAGCUGUAACUGCCCUUUGUGUGGGAAGUGUGAGUGAUGCUCAACACAGCUAUGUCAGAAAUACUCCACUUGAGAAAAUGGUUGGAUUUUUUUUAAUGACCUAGAAAAUGUCUUUUUUUUAGUCUUUAUGCGCAAUUAAUUCAGCUUUCUAAAUGCUUUUGGACAUAUGGGAGUUUCAAGGGAAAAUCCAUAGGAAGAUAUACUGUGAAAAUUCUGUGGUUUAUCCUUUUUUUAAUAGUGUAUGCGUGUUUUGCCCUUUAAAAUAGAGCAGAUGCAAUAGAUUCAUGAGUAUUUAGGGUAAAAUUCCAUGCCUUGUGACUGGAUGUGUGCGACUUUCCUUCUAGUCCUAAUAAUUUCAUAGUGAUCUGUAAGUAGAGGGUCGAAUGCAGCAACCUGAUGCUACGUCAGCUACAGAUAUGGGGGGUUUAUGUAAGAUCAUCAUUCUACUUUCUUCACAAGGAAUAAAUUAUUUUUUAAAGAA